AGAUUGUGGAAAUGGCAGCUAUUUACGUACUAAAUAAUGAAAUCACGGACAUAGGUACGAAUAGGAGUCUUCAUUUCCUUACUGUGCGCACUUAUUUCUAUCAAUAUGUUAACUAGUAGGUACGUAAUUACUUACUUACUUACCUAUACUUACCACCAACUUGCGCAAGAACAAAUCUUUACCAAAAAUACCUAUAAAGAUAAUCAUUCCUGAAAUGCAUACGUUCGAUAUAAAAUCGGUGUCAUUAUUAUACAUACAUAGCUGCAUAGUCGCGGGACGUGACGUGAGCUGGGCACGCAACAAAGAUCCCAGUCGCAUGCGUGACAGCUGCCCUGUGUGCGUGACUGGCGACCGCGCGGGCCAACAGCGGAGCGGCAACGUCGCAACACGCGAGAAAUUACGUUCCACGCUAGUAUUGUACCGCGCUCGCGCGUUGCCAACUCGUGCAUGCACGCUCACGCAUUGAUCGCUGCUGGACGUGUGUUUAGGAGCGUUUCAUUUCAAAAUGCCGGUGAAUAGAGAGAAACUAAUAGAGUUGGUUAGAAAAAACGAUUGCCUUUACCGUAAGGGUAAAAAGUAUAAAAUUAAAAGUCACAUUGCACAAGUGUGGGAGAAGAUCGGAGCUGAAUUGGGAAUAGAGGCCGCCCAAGCAAAAGAAUCAUGGCGAACAAUGCGAGACGGAUAUCUCCGAUAUAAAAAACACACUUUAGGAAUGGCCGACUACGCCAGAAAUUAUAACAAAUACAGGUGGAGCGACCGACUGGAAUUUCUAGAUCACGCAUUAGACCUAAAUCCCAGCGACAACGCCACUGCUAAGGCGGGGCCUGAAUCGUUCAAGUGCGAACAUGAUUCAUCAUCAUCGCCCCCACAAGAAUGUUCAUACGCAGAAUCAUGGCAAUGGGGUAGUGAAAAUGCCCCAGAAGGACCGACCAUCAUCCCCGACCAACCAGCAGUACCAACCUUAGAAAACGACAAGAGAACAACACAAGCAGAGAUAGCUGACAAGGUGCAAGAAUGUCUACGAAAUAUGAAAAGAGAAGAAUUGGAUGACGUGGAUCAUUUAUUCGCGAGUUAUGCGAAAUCGUUUAAGAAGCUGUCUCGGCGAACACAAGCUGAAUUGAAAAUUAAGCUAGCAACACUUUUUGCUGAGGCAGAAUUAACUGAAUUAUAAACUCUGACAUUAUUAGCGCUAUUGUAUCUACCGUUUCCUACCCUUGUUAAGUAAUUAUUUAUUU